GUCCACAGCUUGUUCCUGCCACCUGCUGUUGCGCUGCUGCUACCUUACGCGGCGUGCAUCAGCCAAGAUUGACGUCGUCGUUUCCCGCCAUCGUCUUGCCGGAAUUCCUGUUUGCGACCAUCUCAAUCUCUCUCUCUCUCUUUAACAUCUACACAUACCCCGCGUACCUAGUGGACAUCUGGGGUCAGAACCAUCGUCCUCACUUCCGGAAGAGGCAAUCCACAGAGACAACCGCCGCGGAUCCGUCACCAGCAAUGGCCUCACUAACUUCAAAGUUUGCCAGCCUCAAUCCCUUCUCCAAAUCGGCGCCAGAGGAUGAAGAGGAGCUUGGCGAUGCGACCGACAACACCACCUUGGCUGGCGGAGGCCACGCUGCACGCGACUCAGACCUUAAGCACCGUCUCCGCGUGAGCCGCGCCAUCAAGUCUUUCCUUGUCGAUCAGAAGGCCAUCUCCUCCAAGGAAGCAAACGUCGACUCAGAACAGCUCACCCCCGAGUUGCAAGCCCUCGUGUACAAGCCUCACAUCAGCGUGCCCCGCGAGCUUACUGAUAGAUCCCACCCAUUGCCCGAGUACUUCAUCAGCUCCAGCCACAACACCUACCUUCUGGCCCACCAGCUUUAUGGAAGCUCUUCGGCAGAGGCCUAUGACGAGACGUUGCGUGCUGGCGCCCGAUGCGUCGAGAUCGAUGCCUGGGAUAACCCCGACAACAAGGACGAGCCCAAGGUCACCCACGGAUACACCCUCGUCUCCAACAUCCCUUUCCGCACCGUCUGCGAGACCAUCCGAGAUGUCGUCGACCAAGAAGCCAAGGAACCUCAUCCCGCUGCGCCAAUCCUUCUGUCUCUCGAGAAUCACUGUGACCCUGAGGGCCAGCUGCGCCUGGCCUUCAUCAUGAGAGAGGUCUUUGGAGAUCGCCUUCUUAGCCAAGCCAUCAGAGAAAAAGGCCACGCCGAGCAAGAAGGCCAGGCCAACCAUGUUCGUCUGGAGGAACUCGGCAACAAGAUUGUUGUCAUUGUCGAAUAUCACUUCCCUGGAGAGGCCGACGACAGUAGCUCGAGCUCGAGUGAUGAUGAUGACGAGGAGGAAAAGAAGGCCAAGAAAGACUACAAGGAGAAAAAGAAGGCUGCGCCUGCUUCGCUGAUUGUCCCAGAACUAGAGGCACUCGGCGUCUAUGCCCAGUCCGUCAAGCCCAUCAACAAUUCAUGGUUUGAGGAGGUUCUGCAAGAUGCGCCGCACCACCACCUCAUCAACGUCUCCGAGUCUGGGCUGGCCUCCCAUCUGCCGACGCACACUGACAAAAUCUCUCGCCACAACGCUCACCAUCUGAUGCGUGUUUUCCCCAAGGGAACUCGCAUCUCUUCCAAGAAUCUCCAUCCCGUUCCCUUUUGGGGAAUUGGCGCCCAGAUCUGUGCCCUCAACUGGCAGACAUUUGGAGCAUCAAUGCAGCUCAAUGAGGCGUUAUUCGCCGGUUCCGAGGGUUUCGUUUUGAAGCCCGCCGAGCUCCGGCCCGGUGGCUCGGGCCACCUCGGCAACGGAAGGAAGCGAAAACUCCGCCUGCACGUCGGCGGUGCCACCGACAUUCCCGUGCCGUCCGAUCGCGACGAAGACGAGACAAUCAAGCCCUACCUCACGUGCACGCUUGUACAUCCUCAUGAUCUCGAUAUCAAGCCUCCAAAGAGGAAAACGGCUGGCUACAAACAGCACAAGCUGACGGGAUUCUUGCACAAGGGAGAGAAUCCACCACCCACCGACCCGCUAUGGGACGAGGUGCUAGAGUGGGAAUACCAAGACAACGAAAUGGUCUUCUUGCGGAUGCUCAUCAAGAGUGAUGACAGCUUCGCCAAAAACCCAAUCUUUGCCGUUGGCGCGGUACGGCUGCUCUACACGAUACCGGGUUGGGUCUUUAUCCGCAUGCUUGACCUCAAGGGAAGAGAAACCAAAUGUUCCAUCCUUGUCAAGUUUGAGGUUGUCGACGCGUAGAGAUAGCCAUGUAUACGCUGACUGUUUCGAGUAUCUCCCGAAAACUUUCGUAAUAUAACACGAUUGCAAUUAUUUCUCCGAUCAUUGUAGGGACUGAUGUGCGAUUGAACUCAUCGUAGCUAGUGCCAUAUGGAUCUCUUCUUGGCUAGACAGCGUAUUCACAAAAACAGAUGGGAGAUCUUGCCGCAACAUUUGAUCUAAGUAAUAUACAUAACUUCCCUUAUGUGCGCGCAUUCACGCAGCCUGGCCAGCGGCACAUGGCAAAACCUUUUCCCGAUCCCGAACCUACCCCGCUAAGAAACCACCGCCUUUGUGAGCGACUUUUGACCCCAAGACAGAGAUACGGACGGCGUUGAGACCUAUGAGGGUUUCGAGGCACUGAGCCUACUGCUGUCAGUCUGGUUCGUGUGCCGAUAGAGUCCGGUUAUGUGAUGGACAUAUUCCGCCCAUGUUCGUGUACUGUACCACGCAAGACCGUGGCAAAGGUUGGAAAUGGGGUUUCGGAAAGGAUCCAAAGGAUUUGGAUUCAUGUAGAGUAAAGACUUCAACAUGGCCUAUGGCUGAGUUGGAUGGAGGAACACUCGAUUCCCUUCCGUUUGUGAUUACACACUAAUGCUAGUACAACCGGACACCAUCAAGAAGCAUCACAGGCGGCAUCUUCCAGGCAGGCGACGGUUGUUACUUGCACCAUACUGCCUCUCCUGACAUGAAAGCCUCCACAGACAAGCAUCCUCCCUCUACAUCACACGCGCUCUAUUCAUAGGCCCCCAACGGAAACCCCACCAAAUAAACGCUCGCUACACCUCCAACACGCGGGAAGCCUCGCUCGGCUCACCUGUCAUGAACAGACUUUACCCGCCGCCCGCCC